GAGAGAGAGAGAGCAUUCUCAGCUGAUCUCUUAGAGGCAGCAAGAAUCAGAUCGGCUGCAUGAGGAUCUCGCUGGUUUGGUCAUGACUGGAUUCUGUCUACCCGUGCUGUUGCUGCUGCCCCUGGUGGCCUCAGUCCCCUCCCCUUCUAGGGCACCACCCAAAUACUGCCGCAGGUGCUGCGAUCCCCUGGACCCGCCGAUCACCUCGUCCCCACCUCGCCCUGUGGCCUAUCAGGCACCAGAGAUUCGAACAUACAUUAACAUGACCAUUCUCAAAGGAGAUAAAGGAGAUCGAGGUGAAAGGGGGACUCCUGGUAAGCCAGGAACAGAAGGCCCUCCAGGCUCCAGAGGUUCCAUAGGUCCUAAAGGCAGCAGAGGGCAGGCUGGAGCUCCUGGAGAUCCCUGCAAGAUACAGCAUUCGUCUUUCUCUGUGGGCCGCAAAAAAGCCCUCCACAGCGACGACUACUACCAAGCACUGAUCUUCGACACCGUCUUUGUCAACCGGGAUGAGCACUUUAACAUGUUCAAGGGCAAAUUCUAUUGCUAUGUGCCAGGUGUCUACUUCUUCAACAUCAACAUUCAUACUUGGAACUUCAAGGAGACUUACCUGCACCUGAUGCUGAAUAUGCAGGAGCAGGUGAUCUUGUAUGCUCAGCCCAGCGAUCGGUCCAUCAUGCAGAGCCAGAGCGUCAUGCUGUCUCUGGAGCUCAACGACGAAGUCUGGGUGCGCCUGUUCAAGCGGGAACGUGAAAACGCCAUCUACAGCGAUGACGUUGACGUGUACAUCACUUUUAACGGCUACCUUGUGGCUCCUACUGUGUAG